AUGGGGUGGGGGCCGGUGCUGCGAGCAUCCGCGGCGGCGGCCUCGAAGUUGCCCGCGUCACUCCUCCCACCGCGAGGCGCUGCGGCGCUGCAGCGCCACGGCGCACUCUUCUGCCCGGCGCGGCUCACCUCCGCGGCGGGGACGGCGGCGGAGGGUUGGUCCUACGAGCAGGUGGACGCGGAGACGGGGCGCACGCCACUUGACAAACUGUACGAGGAGCGGCUGCAACGCAUUCGGGUGGUGUUUGAGUCGCCGCUGCCGCCGCUGCCAAGAGACGGCAACGUCAGCCCUGACUUCUUGGUCGGCUUCGCCCACUACGAGUACAGGCUGCGCGACCAGUACCGCGCGGUGCUGGCGCGGGCGCUCGACGUCCCCGUCGCGGCGGUGCAGCUCUCCGUGGCGUGGAGCGGCCGCUUCGACGUCACCCGCUUCAACCGCGUUCAAAAGGUGUGCGGGGUGUGUGUGGCGCCGGAGCACGCGCCGCCCACUGCGGAGCUGCAGGAGCGCGUGCGGCGCGUGGUUCGCGCCGUCAACGAGCGGCAGUCGGAGCCCCUCCUGGCCGCCCACCUGGUGCAGGCGUCGGAGGCCAUAGCGGAGGUCGAGUUUGCCGCCACCGAGCGGGACGCCGUGGUCGCCGAGCGCGUGCACCAGUGGCUGCGUGAGCGCGUCUUGCGUCCGCACCUCGUGUUGGUCCUCUACGGGACGAACAACAUCGCGAGGACCGAGAGCCGCGGGACGCCGCCGCCGAGUGGGGAGCUGGAUCGGCAGCGCGCCUUCAUUGAGGAGAAGUGGCUAAAGGCCUUUUCCCAUCGCCGCGUUGUCCCCCAUGUGUUGUCGCUGGAGCAGCUCACCCAACUUUUCCAGGAGGCGGUGCGGCGGGGGGAGGUGAAGGGGGUUGCACUGAUGCAGCCGCACGACGCCCCCGGCGGGGCGGCGGGGCGCACGAAGGAAAAGGAAGAGACGGCGAAGAAUGACCCCGCAGCCACCACCACUGCCGCUGCGGCCACGGAGGUCCCGGUGAAGUUGCUGUCGUUGGAGGACGCGGCUGCGUGGCAGCGCCUCCUUCGCGGGGCCGUUUUGCGCCGGUACGACAAUCGCGCGGUGUUUCCGCUGCUCUUCCUUCACGGCGAGUGCGCGGGUGGGGCGGAGGAGAUGCGGUAUCUGCUGCAUAACAGGGAGGCUCUUGACGCGGUGCUUCUGCACCCCAACGAUGUGGCAUUCAAGAAGAAGUUCAUGAACCGCUUCCGCUCCUCCCACUCGCGGCUGCGCAUGGCGGAGGAGAUGUCUGUGUAA